AUGACUUUUUCAACCACCGGGGGCACACUUCUCAAUGUCUCAGUCGAGUUUGAGUUUCUCGUGGCCAUAGAAAAAGAAGACCAAAUCUACAACACGGGCAACCCGUCCAGCGAUGCUGAGAACAUCGACUCAAAUCACAAAUGGGCAUGUCCGUCCCAAACCGAUGACCCUUCGUCCGAGGCCCUCUACCAAUGCAAGGCCGUCUUAUCCAAAGCUGACAAGAGCGUCAUCAUCCGCCACAACGAAGCGCACCUCACAGAGCGAUCAUGGCAGUCCGCUCGCUUCAACUCCUGGGUAUUACAGCCCUCUCAAACGGCACACGCAUCCGCAAGCAGCCCCAAAGACUAUGACUGGUGUGGUGUCCGACUGCGUAGUCCGCUUAUCAGCGAAGACGAACUACGUAACACCUCCCCCAUGGACAAAUGCCUCGAGACCAUACGAAACUCAACCCGCAUCCAUAUCAACUUAACGUGCAAGUUCAAAAUAGCACUCCAUCGCGACACCUUCACGCUCGUCCAGGCCAAGAAACUAGCAACACUGGUAUGGCUCACCGAACAGGACUUGCUGGUUCCUCUCCGUAACCAAGACUGCGACUCAAUCGUCCACCCCAAAACCGUGACGGCUUCCUCCAUCACAGCAACAUGUCGCCUCCGCCACACUGAUACCAGUAUAUUCCUAGAUCCGCUACUAGAAGGAAUUAUGAAUUCACAUCUUCCCUCGGAAAUGAAGGAUACCGUCGCGCUCGGGUGUCUGCGCAGACUGUGGGCGUGUCCCAACCUCCGCCGUCUACCUGGUGCGCUUCGCGAUCGACACCAAAAUGCACUGGCAUUUGCGCUAUACAUAUACGACGAUGACGAUGCGGAAGAUAGCAACGCCUCUUCUUGUGCUGUUGCGUCUUUUCGAUGCGCAUUGCAUCCUCAGGAUGGGUUGGCCACGUCGCGAUUGUGGACGGAGUUGGUAUUGGCGCUUGGAAAGGCUGUGUCGUUGGCUCCCGAACCUUUUAAGCAGCUGGUAGGGGAGAUUGAUCGGCUGAAUUGCAGUUAUCGCAUGGAUGAAAGCGUGGAUGAGUCUUGUCAUCGGAAGCAGGUGAUGCAGGCGCUGGGGAUGGAUGAGGAACUGUGCAAAGAGUGGGACAAGAUCAUCAUCGAGUGUAGAAACAAUGGGGAAGAGGUAAUGUAG